GCCAGACAUUAUAGAGACAGAGGGACAAGGCACUGUUACCCUCACAGACUCACACUACAAACCCACUGCAGAUACCCGAGGAGCUUGAACUUUGGUGUCCAGAUUUUGGUCAUCAUCACACAUUCAGAUAAUUUUAUUGUUCAGUUCAUCACUUGAGGUGGAAAAGAUGACUCCUAUAGUGUAUUGUGAGCAUUGAAGUUUGUCUCUGCAGAAAAGUUUGCUCCAUGCUUAUUGUUUCUUCAGGCAGUGUUUUUGUUACGCUCUUAGGAGUUUAUUCCUGUGUGAUUUUUUGAUUCCUCAUCGGGCUCCUCCAUUGGAAUACCAUCACCUCUCCUUUGAAGUAUCUGGAACUGCCUGCACCAAUGCUGACUGAACCGUAUGGAGCCAUGUCCAUGGGGUCAGAUGUUCGAGAACUGACCCUCUUACCUCCAGCGCCUCCUGUGCCGUCUUUACCCGGAGCUGGUGGCGGCUGUGGGAUGUCUGUUGGCAGCGGCCAGUGGACCCAACUGCUGGACCUUCACCCUAGCUCUCCCUACAACUCCCUGCCCUCCCACCACUCCCUCAUCAAGCAGGAACCAGGUUGGGGGACCACUGACUCCAUAGAGGACCCCCACUGUGGACUUGGGGCUUUCACAGUGCACUUCUCAGGCCAGUUGUCAGGCCCCUGUCGGGUCGGGGCCUUCGGAGAACCAAGUGCAGGUCAACCCAGGGUGUUUCCCAGUGGAACCUACCUGCCCGGCUGUGUGGACAGCCCCCCAGCACCCAGGAACCAGGGUUAUGGAGCAGUGGGUCUAGACAGCAACCCCAGUUGUGGUCUCACUCCGUCUCACCACACCCCUCAGCUCCCCAGCCUGUCCUUCAAACACGAGGACACACUGUCGCCGCCAAACAACAUAGUUGACCAGCAGUACCCGCCUCCUCCUCCCAUGUUUGGCUGCCACAAUCCUUCAGAGUCGUGUCCGAGCAGCCAGGCUCUGCUGCUGAGAAACUACAACAGUGAUAACGUAUACCAAAUGGCGUCUCAGCUGGAGUGUGUAACGUGGAAUCAAAUGAACAGCCUGGCAUCUUCCAUGAAGAGCGGAGGCCAUACAACCAGCUAUGACAGCGACCCCACAGUCCCAGUCCCACCUCCACCCAUGCUUGUGAGUGCCCAGUACCACAUACACACACACAGUGUCUUCAGAGGACUGCAGGAUGUCAGACGUGUACCUGGCAUUGCUCCUCCAGUUGCGAGGUCCUCAGAGACCAAUGAGAAGCGUCCAUUUGUAUGUGCUUAUCCUGGCUGCAGCAAGAGAUACUUCAAACUGUCACAUCUGCAGAUGCAUGGCCGCAAACACACAGGAGAGAAGCCUUACCAGUGUGACUUCACAGACUGUGGCCGCAGAUUCUCUCGCUCAGACCAGUUAAAGAGGCACCAGCGCAGACACACAGGAGUGAAACCCUUUCAGUGCGAGACGUGUCAGAGAAAGUUUUCACGGUCAGAUCAUCUUAAGACUCACACUCGGACUCAUACAGGUAAAACAAGUGAGAAGCCCUUCAUCUGCCGCUGGUCCAACUGUCAGAAGAAGUUUGCCCGCUCUGACGAGCUGGUGCGCCACCACAGCAUGCACCAGAGGAACCUGACCAAGCUGCAGCCUGCCAUCUGAACAGCGACGAGAGGAGGAGGAGGAGGAGGAGGACGAAGAGGAAGGUGACAGUAUGUCGUUCCAGCUAGUAGAGAAAGACGCUUGGAGCCUGGUCAGCGGUAACGGUGCCUUGUCAGACUUGCUGAAGUGGUGAGCACAGCAGAUGCUUCCCUCAGCCAGACAGAGGACGUCAGGAGAACAGACUCGCUGAUGAUCCACGAGAUCUUUGAGACGCACCUCAUCGAGCACUCGCUUAUUUGACAUUAAAACUCAGACUUUGAGAGGGUACAGUACCACAGUAAUUCUGAGCCAAGAAGAAGAUGUCUUUUUUUAUGUGAGAUGAGGAAAAUGUUGACACACUAUUUUGGAAAUUUUAGUAACACUUGCACUGGCUUUCUUGUUUUAUUGUUAAAAUUGUGUCACCUUGAAAAUGUGCUGGACUGUGUAACUGGAUUUAUGAAAUGGACAAAUGAAGCUGACCACGGAGAAUCUUUGCUUUGGGGAAUGUGAACAUCUUUAUACUCUUACAGUAUCAGGAUACUCACCAAAAUUUCUUUGUAUAUAUUUGUAUUUGCUUACAUCUAUAGACAUUCCUUUUGUACUUUCUAUGUUUUUUUUGUAAGUU